AUGAACAGAGAGCGUCUCGUCCCCGCUGGGCCCCGACGGGAAAACCAGUCUCCUCCGAGAAGGUCACGCAACACCAGUCCUACCAAAUUCGGCCCCGUUCUCCGGCCUGCCCACGACGCUCCGAUGCUCAGUGCUUCGUCUUCCAACAACCAUUCUCUCUUUUCCUUUGGCGGCGCCAGAAAUGGCUUGCCCGACGACUUGACCGACACCGCCUCUUCGUUCGAGUUCCUGCCCUCCGUGAGCUUCGACGACCUGCAAAGCAGCCUCGAGUCUGCCUCGACCGACUUCAAGCUGACCCAGUUCCCCUCGCCCACCGGCCAGGGCACCAUUCUCGGCGCUGGUAACGGUGGGAACAGUCGUCCCGCAGCACAGAGCAAUAUGGCGGUGGAACGUCCGGGCACAGCGCGUAACGCCCCAAGCAACCACGCUCCCGUGCAACCGGCUGUGACACGCUCGCGUACCGGCUCGAUUCUGCGUCGGCCCAGCAUUUCCGGCAGAAAUGUGAGCUCGAGCUCGACCGCGCCGACCGCGUCGAACAACUUGUCGGGCGUACCCAAUGCACCCACAGCCCCGGCCGCCAUGCGCACGCGUCGUCAGAACCAUUACCCCCCGGUUUCCAAUGCCAGUGUGGCCAAACCGCCCAGGAAGUCGACCGGAGACGUGGUGCUCGCCGGGGAGUUUGAACCUCGCAAGCGGCGGCCUAGCGUGGCUUCGCUAUCGGACAGGAACGGACUCGAGCCCCCGACGAGGGCUUCCGUGGACGGGGGCUCGCGUCCCACGGGUGACUUUCUACGUGCGCACACAGGCUCGCGAAGUGCCAAGACUCGAUCCGUCCAGCCGCCGCCGAGGGCCAGCCAGGCCAUGUUGACUCCCGACUCGGCUUCCCUGACGCUCGAACCGGGCCCUGCAUCGACCGCGCUUCCUCGCUCGCCGCGAGCGGCUGCUAAGGGAUUGGGGUUGGGGUUGUCCGCAACAAAACGCGUGUCGGUCAUGCCCGGCGCGCCGCAGCUCCCGCAUGCCACGGGCCUUGGUGCCAGGACCAUCAGCCCGACCGAUACACGACGGAUGAAGCGGCUCUCUAUGCAUCACACACAGGGCCAGACCCCGACUCCCAUAUUGCCAAACCCACCCCCAUUAUCUGCCGCCGAUAUCCGUUCGGCUUCUCGAUCCCCCUCUAUGCUCCCACGAAAGAUUACAACCCCGAACUCGUCGCGUACAACUCCCGAUCUGAACCGGAAAUCAUACAGCUCUGGCCUCUCCGUUACCUCUACCGGCAGCUUCACAACUGCCAGGACAUCCACCGUGCCAGCUGGGCAGCGCAAUUCGCAGGCGGGCACGUCUCGACUCCCCGCUCCCAAACCGCUACCUUCCCACAGCUCGUCCACCCAGGAUGACGACGAAUAUGUUCCCCCUGUGCCCGCGAUACCCAAGGCAUAUGAGUCUCCCAAGGACACAUUUGUGGAGGCGCCCUUUUUGGACAAGAGAAGGUCAAACUUGGCGUUUGACGCGAGCAGUCUUCACAGCACGUCGACCGGGAGUAUGUCUGGGGCCUUUAACGAAGGGCCGCCCGCCAAGCUCCAGCGUAGGCCAAGCAAUCGCAAGUCGGUGCACACGUCCAAGUUGGAUAUGGAAACGAAGCCGCCAGCUGCACAGCAAUCCAAGAAGACGCUCCAGCCCCUGAGGCUGCCUCCCAUCACCUUGGGCCCCUUGAGCACACCUACUACCGCUAAGAUUGCCGCGCUUCAAGAACACAGUUCGUCCGAGAGGAAUUUGUCCCCGCCUCCAGCGCGGCAGCUCGCGAAAACACCGACUACGCCCAUGACCGCGUCGAAAAGCGCUUUCUUUUCCAAGGCGCGCCAGGAUGAUCGGGGCGAUGUCCAACAUCUCCGGAGCAGCAGCUCGGUACACCGAUUCAGGCGGGAAACAUCGCCUCCUUCGCAGGAGCCCACAAGCUCGGCUGAAUCAUUCACCGCAGUCAAGAACGGGAACGGACAGAGGCCAGGGCCGUCGCCUUUUACGAGUAACUCGUUACCGAAAGGGGGCACUUUGGAAACCGCGUUUCUUAAGCGAUCUAAGACGGGUGGCGAUUUUACGGCCGCGGUGGAAGCGACUGCUGGCCCGCCAACACCGGUUCAACACUCGAAACCUUCAGGUCCUCGGGCGCAGAAGCCUAAUUCGUUGAGUACGACGACGAGCUCGAGGCAAGCCAAGUCGCCACCUCCGCUUUCCAGUCCGGACGAGCCGCAGACUCCUUCGUCAAUGAGCUCCCUUAGGAGGAAGUUGAGCUUGUCGUGGAAGCGGAGUGGAUCCAAGGCCGCCGGGAACCAGGGUAUGCCAGCACAAACCGCGUCGGAAAAACCAUCCGACCCCAAACCUGCCAAGCACGAUUCCAUGCCACCACCCCGGAUCCCGGCGUCGGCGACAAUGAACACCCUACCCUCGACCAAAGCCCCCAGUCCCGCCCUGCCUGGCAAGGCUAACGGGAACGGGACCUAUCUGGAAUCUAGAAGACGAAAGAGUUCGGCCUCGAGCCUGAAUGCGAUGGUCACGCAAGAACAACGUGCGCGCAACGACAGCACAGCAAAGAAAGAAUCGACUUUAGGCACGGUUUCGGAACGCAAUACAGUCCCCCACAACUCGUCGGUCGUGCAGCGCAUCCUGAAGCCUAGACCGUCGACGGCGACGCUGCGCAACCAUGAUGUCUGGGGCAGCGAGCUUGACAAUUACGACCUGAUUGCCGAGGAGGAAAUGAAGAAACUGGGGCUCCGCCGCAAGGAUACCGAGCUGGCGGCACGCACCCUCGACGCACUCCGGAAGCGCGCAAGCGCCAAGGAACGGGUCAGUCCUCAGGACGCGAUCCGGAUCGCGGUGCUCAACAUCUACGAGCGCGGCGAGAUUGUGGAUUACAAGGAUGUGUACUUUUGCGGGACCCAGAACGCGGCCAAGGUUGUCGGCGACCCGCAGUCGGACAGCCCUAAUUUUGGCUAUGACGACGAGCGCGGGGAUUAUACGAUCGUGCCGGGCGAUCACCUGGCUUACCGCUAUGAGAUUAUUGAUGUGCUCGGCAAGGGCAGUUUUGGGCAGGUCGUCCGCUGUAUUGAUCACAAGACCGGCGUGCUGGUGGCCGUGAAGAUUAUCCGGAACAAAAAGCGGUUCCAUCAGCAGGCUUUGGUGGAAGUGAACAUUUUGCAGAAGCUGCGUGAAUGGGAUCCUCAAAACAAGCACAGCAUGGUCAACUUCACUCACAGUUUCUAUUUCCGCGGCCAUCUGUGUAUUUCCACUGAGCUUCUCGACAUGAACCUCUACGAAUUUAUCAAGUCCAAUGCCUUCCGGGGCUUCUCGCUCAAGAUGAUCCGCCGCUUCACAAAACAGAUGCUGAGCUCGCUCAACCUGCUCAAGCAACACAAGGUCAUUCACUGCGAUCUGAAACCAGAAAACAUCCUCCUCCGGCAUCCCUUACACACCGAACUCAAGGUCAUCGACUUCGGCUCUAGUUGCUUCGAGAACGAGAAAGUCUACACCUACAUCCAGUCCCGAUUUUAUCGCUCGCCUGAGGUCAUCCUCGGCAUGACGUACGGCAUGCCCAUCGACAUGUGGUCGCUCGGCUGCAUCCUGGCCGAGUUGUACACGGGCGUGCCCAUUUUCCCCGGUGAGAACGAACAGGAGCAGCUGGCCUGCAUCAUGGAGGUCUUCGGCCCGCCCGAGAAGCACCUGAUCGAGAAGUCGACCCGCAAGAAGCUCUUCUUCGACAGCAUGGGCAAGCCGCGCCUGACGGUCUCGUCUAAGGGACGCCGUCGCCGCCCGUCGUCCAAGACCCUACAACAAGUCCUCAAGUGCGACGACGAGGCCUUCCUCGAUUUCAUCGCCCGCUGUCUCCGCUGGGACCCCGACCGCCGCAUGAAACCCGACGACGCGAUCCGCCACGAAUUCAUCACCGGUCAAAAGACCUCCGUCCCCGUCCCCCGCGCCGCCCAUGGCCAUCACGCCCGUGACGCCUCCCCCGCGAAACGUAUCACCUCCCUCGGCGCAUCCCGUCCCCUGCCCGAACCACCUGCGGCCGCGAAAACCGCCAACACGUCGCUCCGCUCUCGAGACCACACCGGGUCCGGCUCCUUCGGCAGCUCCAACAUCAAGUCCUCCGUCCCGCCAUCGUCCUCUACCACAGGUACCACCGGAGGAACCCGCCGUGUCUCGGGCAUGCGGGAUUCCUCAAGCACACUCACGGGAACAGGCGCGAAACGGUCCAGCGCGAACACCGGCGCGAAUACUGCCUCAGCCUAUGGGAAUGGAGGUGGAGCGGGCGCUGCCGCGAAUGCCGCUGGGCUUGGCAGUGGCGGUGUAACUGCGUCGUUGAGUAAUAGCAGCUUGCCAAGGGCGUCGAUGAGGAGUGUCAGUGGCGGGUUGAGUGUGGGGUUGAGUGGGCAGGGUGUGAAACAGCAGCAGCAGCAGCAGCAGGAUUUGGCUGCUGCGGGGGCUACGGCGGCUAUGAGUAGGCGGGUUUGA